AUGCCAGCCUACCUCUGCCACGGUUUCCGCUGGCACCGAAAGAGCAUCCGCUACUUUGUAGUGAUCCAAGACGUCGACGAUGCCGCGCCCGAGUGGAUCGUCGCGCCCAAGAGCGCCGAGGCCAUCCUGCAGUCGCUCUACGGCCUCUACGACUUCAUCCCGCCAUGUCCUGGGUCUCGCGCUGCCGACUCGCUGAGGACUUCCUCCGGUGGUCCCAACCCGGACAUGUACAAAUUCAGCCUCGACAACAGCAGCAGCGACGAGGACAAGCGCGGGCGUCGCGAGGAGGAGUUCCUGCAAAGGAAGAGAAGCCUGAGCGCCACGCGCCAGCGCAGCAUGUCGACAAGCCGAUUGCGAAAGUCUGGCAAGCGCCCCGAGACAUUACCAGUGCCUCCACGACCCAUGCUGGCGCCGCCGCCGCUAUUUUCGCCGAUUCCGCCCGAGGCCGAGAGGAAUGGCCCUUUCAACAAGUGGUCCUCCAUCAAGAUGCUCGAGGAAUACGAUCCCUCCAACGAGCUCAUCCUGAACGGGCCGUGGGCCUACCUAUCCGACUAUACUGUCCGAGUAGAUACGUCUGUGUCUGUACUCGAUGAGAUCAGGAAAUACGAGAGCAAUAUGAGAACGGAGAAAUUCAAGGCCAUGAGCGGACCAAGUGACGAGACUGGCCGAAAGAUCAACACACUUGGCGAUAGAAAUGCAGGGUGGCUCGAGAAGCUCAGAGACCAACUACAGAGGGAAGAGCCGAUCAAGUGGUAUGUGGUCAUGUGCGGCGACGAAGAGCGCAACUUUCCGAUGGGCGACAAGGAGAACCGUCCUAAUGGUAUCACGAAUGAUGUCAUUCCCGAGGAUGAAGUGGAAUUUCGUCUGCCCGAAUUCGACAACUACAGGUACGAUCGCAAGUCGGCUGUCGUCCAGCCACUUCGACUGCGGAGACUGCUUGAUUCACCUCCACCGCCACCUACGCCUCAGAUCUUUGAGCAGUUUCAGCGGACAGGACUCAAUGGCAGUUUGUCCCAACCACGGGUUGUGCCACGCCCUCAGACUCAGCCUCAACCAGAGCUUCCACAGCUAAGGAAACCUUCUGCAGAAAAACCGCCAAUAGUGCCACUCAGGCGAAGCCCGGAGAGGAAUACCCUCGGAUAUACUCCACCGCCAGAUCCUCUCGCAAAUCUUCGAGAUAUUGGUUCACGGAAAACGGCGGCUCCGUUCGAGACGCGUCCUGGUUCUCGAAAAAGUACGAUCAACUUGAAGAGGAUAUUCUCCAAAAAGCAAGUUGAGAAUUUCAUCUGA